AUGGAAUAUUCACAAAACAAGACAUUUUGUGAAGAUUUAACUGAAGGCAAAUAUUCGUUUCCUAUUAUUCAUGCAAUACAAAAUCGUCCAAAUGAUAAUCGAAUUCAAAAUAUUCUUAAACCACGCACAGAUAACAUGAAUCUAAAACGAAAAGUCGUUAAAUUAUUACAUGAAUUUGGAUCAAUUAAAUAUACGAGAGACAAAUGUAUCGAAUUAGCUGAUGAAUGUUAUGAAUUAAUUAAAAAAUUAGAAGAUAAUAUACAUUUCAGAAUAAUUAUGAAUCACCUAACUCUCAUUUUUGAUAAUUCAACACAAAAUGACUAUUUAACAACUAAUAUUAAUUGA